GGAGAACCAGGCAACCAGCCAGCCCUGGUCCAAGGCAUCCUGGAGUGUAUGGUGGACAGCCCUGUGCCCCACCAGACAGUGCACCUGGAGGGCGUGGACGAGAGUGGUGAGCCCUGGGCCAGGGAGCCAGUGCUACCUGGCAUCCUCCGGCCCCCCUACCUAGCUGAGGGGCUGAGCCUGUGCCUGCCGAUCUCUCUUGGGCUCACCCUGCACCUGUGGGACAUGUAUUUGCUGGAAGGGGAACAGGUGUUGAUGGCAAUAACAAGCAUUGCCUUUAAGGUUCAGAGGAGUAUCUAUGAAGAAACUAACAAGGAAGCAUGGGGACCUGCCACCCCCAGGGCCCUCAAAGGCACUGGAGGAGCCAGACCCAUUUGUGGGAGCCCCCACCCCUCCCUGUGAGCACUGACAGCCUCAGAGAGCAGCAGAGGCCCCUCAUUCCUGCAGACCCCUCCAAGGGUGCCAGGACAACAAGGCUUGAGCCAGGGAGACGAGGGAAUCAGUGUCUCUGACCCCCAGAGCAUUCAGGGAGAGGGCACAGGUGGGACCGUGGGCCCAGAGCCAGAGCCAAGAGUUCAGCCAGGUGUGGGAACAGCCAGUCCUGGCAUGGACUGA